AUGGAGAAGAAAUCUUCAAGCCAACUCAUUUUCUCUUUCAACUUCUUCUUUUCUCUGUCCUUAAACAUUUUGACUGCACACAUGGCCAUGGCGCAGAAUCAAACAGUUCUCAUAAACGUGGACGUGGGAGUGGUACUAAACAUGAACAAUUCUUUUAGUGCAAUGGGAUUCAGCUGCAUUUCAAUGGCGCUCUCAGACUUUUAUGCCUCAAAUUCUCACUAUAAAACCAGGCUGGUUCUCCACACCAGGGACGCCAAGGAAGAUGAUGUUGGGGCUGCAGCAGCAGCUCUAGACCUACUGAAGAAUGUGGAAGUGAAUCCCAUAAUAGGACCCCCUUACUCAAUGCAAGCAAACUUCCUGAUUGAUCUUGGAGAGAAAGCUCAAGUUCCCAUUAUCUCAUUUUCAGCAACGAGUCCUUCUCUUUCAUCAAUUCAAACUCCAUACUUUAUUCGAUCUACUCAGAACGAUUCAUCUCAAGUAAAUGUCAUUAGUGCUAUUAUUCAAGCUUUUGGAUGGAGAGAAGUAGUGCCCGUCUAUGUUGAUAAUGAGUAUGGAGAAGGGAUUAUACCUUUUCUGACAGAUGCACUGGAAAAGGUCAAUGCUCGUGUCCCUUACAGAAGUGUCAUCCCUUCCAUGGCCACAGACGAUCAACUUGUUGCAGAGCUUUACAAGCUGAUGACGAUGCAAACUCGGGUUUUCAUUGUCCACACGCUGACCUCUCUUGGUUCCCGGUUGUUCACCAAAGCAAAACAACUCGGAAUGAUGAGUGAAGAAUAUGCAUGGAUCAUAACUAAUGGGAUCACAAAUGAAUUGAGCUCAAUGGAUCCUUCUGUCAUAGAGUCUAUGCUAGGGGUAAUAGGUGUAAAACCUUAUGUUCCAAAAACAAAAGAGCUUCGUAAGUUCACUACUCGAUGGAAACAAAACAAUCCGACUCUUGAUUCUGAACUAAACAUUUUCGGACUCUGGGCUUAUGAUUCUGCAAUAGCACUAGCCAUGUCAGUAGAGAAGGCAAGACUUACAAAUUCUAAGUUUCAAAUGUCUAACAUCUCUACAAGUGCAACGGACCUUGAAAAGUUUGGAAUCUCUAAAGAUGGUCCACAGCUCCUCAAAGCAUUAUCAAAUACCACGUUCAAAGGCCUGGCUAGAAACUUUCAAUUGCUUGAUGGCCAACUCCAGUCAUCUCCUUAUGAGAUAGUUAAUCUGGUUGGCCAUUGGGCUAGACCGAACAACUUUGGAUCUAUUAUAUGGCCUGGUGACAAGACAUCACCGCCCAAGGGUUGGGUCAUCCCCACGAACGGAAAGAAACCAAGAAUAGGAGUACCGGUGAAGGAUGGUUUCAAUGAAUUCCUUCAAGUUACAUGGGAUUCUGUCACGAACUCCGCAGAAGUGAAAGGAUACUGCAAGGAUGUCUUUGAUGCAGUAAUGGCAGCAUUGCCAUAUGGCGUACCAUAUGAAUAUGUUCCAUUUGCAACAUCUGACCACAAAAGUGCUGGUAAUUAUAAUGAUUUGGUCGAUCAAGUAUACUUCGGAAACUAUGAAGUUGUAGUAGGAGAUAUAACUAUUGUGGCGAAUAGGUCUCAGUAUGUGGAUUUUACUCUCCCGUACACAGAAUCUGGUAUUGCACUGGUGGUGCCAAUCAAGAGGAAAAGUACUGCUUGGGUAUUUUUGAAGCCAUUGUCAUGGGAACUUUGGUUGACAAGCUUUUUUUCAUUUGUGUUCAUUGGAUUUUUUAUUUGGCUUCUUGAGCAUCGAAUAAAUGAUGAUUUCAGGGGACCUCCUUUACAUCAAGUUGGCAUGAUAUUCUGGUUUGCCUUCUCAACCAUGGUCUUUGCUCAUAGUAAGUUCUCAGUACUCCUUUAA